AUGCUACGAACGUUGCUGCUGCAUCCACUUUACCUUGCCAUAUCCCGUAAGCGCAUCACAAGGGAAGCGAAACCUCCAUCCGUAUUCUCCAUCAUAGCCUCUGCAUACCGUGGUGAAGUGGGCGGUGGCAACAACUCGAGUAAGAAAGUGAGGGGUCUUCGGGCUAUUUAUCGUGGUGUUGGGGCGGCAAUGAUAGGAAACCUUAUAGGCGAACUGGUCUAUCUCCACACGAUGGAAUGGACGAAAGAGGCACUGGAUGUCGCAUUCGCCGACGCGAACGUUGCUCCUGAGCGCGGCCGUGAUUUCCGGACCAACAGUUUCUCAGCAGCUGUGGGUGGCAUGGCGGGGGAGCUAGCAUCACUUCUUCUUGUAACUCCCAUUGUGGUUGUGUGCAACCGCCAAAUGACUGCGGGGUAUGGCAUGAGUAGCAGCAACACCUACGGAUCACUCCGUGACACUUUACGGGAGGUCAGUAAUCUCUACAAGCAACCCGGCAUCGGUACAAGUUGGGGCACUGCUCGAUACAAAUUGCGUGGUCUCUACGCUGGGCUUCUGCCCGGUAUCAUGACACUCCCCGCAAGUGGCGUGUGGUGGGCACUCUACAGCAGGUCAAAAGCUAUUCUAUAUACAAUGGCAGAACCAACCCUCUCGCGCUGGGAGCGGGAGAUGAGCCUCGUUGGGGAGAAAAAGUCACCAUGGCAGCAAAAUUGGCUUCUUUCCCCAACAGACAACCCCGCACUGAACGCCUUUGCGGGUGUGGUCGCAAGUUGCGUAACAUCGUUUUUAUUUAAUCCCGUUGAUGUGCUACAUACGAGGAUGCAGGCUCUCCCUACAGUUUCUGGAGCUGUCAAGGGCGCCCAGUACACCUCUUUGCGUACUGUAGUACGUGACCUUUUAUCAGCGGAGGGAUGGCGAGGGUUGUUUAAGGGUACUGUUGCAAACGUAGGCGCAUCAGUUGUGGGUGGCGUGGUUUUCUCGUCAGUAUUUGAGUUAACGAAGCUCGGAAGUGACCGAGAACUCUGGAAACAAAUAUGA